UGUUUUAUUCAGCAAAUCGGAAAGGAUAAAGGAAACUUAAAUGAUAACCAAGCCAAGAAACGAGCUAAUGUACUACUAAAUCUAUCCAGACUACGGAAAGAAGAGGAGCAGAGGUCUAUUUCUGAAGCAUCGAUCAGAGAAUCUGAGGACCCAUCACCAUGGCCGCCCAUUCUUCGUCUCAGCAAAACUACAUUGAUGAAUUUAACCCCAAGGAUUACUUACAGACAUACUACGUGCCCGGGGAAGGAAUGCUUUUUGGAGAAUGGACCGAUUUUGCAUUACAAAAUCUACAUGAAACUUUCACUAAAGGUGGAGUAAGAGGAGAUACUCUGCUUGAUUUUGGCACAGGACCUACCAUUUAUCAGCAUCUCUCAGCCUGUGAAGUAUUUGAUAAAAUCAUUGUCUCAGAUUUCCUUGAGCAAAACCGUGCUGAAUUCCGAAAAUGGCUGAACAAGGAUCCAGAUGCUUUUGACUGGACUCCCAUCAUCAAACAUGUAUGUGAGCUGGAGGGAAACAGGGAGGGUUGGGAGAAAAAAGCUGAAAAACUUCGCAGUAAGGUGAAAGAAGUCCUGAAAUGUGAUGCUCUGAAACAAAAUCCUUAUGAUCCUAUUGUUGUGCCUCCAGUUGAUUGUCUCCUUUCUUGUCUUUGUCUUGAGGCUCCAUGUAAAGACAUAAAGUCAUAUUGUGAGGUUCUAAAAAAUUUCCAGCACUUGAUAAAACCUGGAGGUCACCUUUUAAUUUUAAGCGGGCUGAAUGCUACUUUUUAUUAUGUUGGUAAAACUUAUUUUAGUUCAAUGGUCACAAAAAAAGAUGAGCUGGAGAUGGCGUUUAAAGAAGCUGGUUAUGAAAUUGAAAAGGCUGUGUAUACUCCUCGUAUUGAUAGAUCAAAGAUGGAUGUUGCUGAUUAUGACACUCAAUAUUUCAUUCAUGCCCGUAAACCAAAGUAAUGGCAAAUUCUUCUGCCACCAUUUCUUAGAAAUGCUGGUCUAUGUCUGCUUACUUUAGCUUGUAAACACAAAAUGCUAAAUCAAAUAAGUAAUUUUGGGUUGGGUUGAUUCAGAAAAAUCAAAAAAGGAAAAAGUGUUGGAUAAAUGAAUGCAAAAAAUUAAUAAAUAAAAUCUUUAGAAUGUAGUCCAUAUGUAAAAUGUAUAGUAUCCACUACUUAGUAUAGUAGCUAAAUCUUUGCAUACUUGCAUGGGAAGUGAUGGGUAAAUGUUGGUCUCCUGGUAAAAGAAUAUUCUAAAAUUGUUAUUUUGGGGGUCUAUUGAGCAAUUUUACUGCUAAAUACAUUUUUUCUACUGGGAAGUAAAGGAAGAAGAACAUUAUUUCAGACAUUAGCUUAAUUGCACUCAUUAAGGUUGACAAGCUGACAAGUCUAUAGAACAGUCUGCUUAAGUUCCACCUGGAGGGCCACAUGGAGGAGUGUACUGUUUCAUUGUAUCCCAUAUGACUAAAGCCCCUACUAGACUGCACACUAAUCAGCCAAAUUAUGUGUAUCAUGUGUUCAUAUGAAUUUUGGGCUAUUUGGGCCCAUUAGCAAGAACAAAUAUUUUGAUAAUAAUAGAAUGAAUGCCCUUGAAUGUCCCACAAACUGAGGUAAAGAGGACUAUUCAAUGGGUGCCAUUGGUCUUAUCAACUUUGUUUAAUUAGAGCAUCAAUAAAGGUACCUUAAAGUGGUUGUCCCAUGAAAAAUAUGCAACUAGAUAUGAAUACUUUUGCAAUUGCAUGUAAUUAAAAAUGUAGCAUAACCACUGAGUUAUUCAAUAAAAUGUAUCUGCAUAGCG